GCCCUCCAGCGGGAGAGCCCUUCCAGCUGCGGCGCUGCUGAGGCAGGGAACCUCCGCGAGAAGUGUCGCCUCCGCCGCCGCCCUUAGAGCCGGUCCCUUUCGCCAGGAGCGAGAAGAGGCUGAGGCUGGGAGAGGAGCAAAUUGCAGGGGAAGGUAGAGAUUGUGGCAAACUUUCUAGCUGCUUCUGCGUGCUGCUGCCUCACUGGUGGGAGUGUCUGCCCGUAAGGAACUGCAGAGCCCAAACCCAGGAGCCCUGAGGCUCCAAAAACGACUCCAGCCGCCUUUGGAGGACGAUCUGCCAGCAGUGCAAGAUUUUGCAUAUACGGCUGAGUAGAUUAUUCAGCUCUAGAAGAAAGAUUUGUCGUCACAAAUUCCUUUGAAAGCACAAUGGAUGCAUUUUAGAGUUCUACAGAAGUCGUCUAGGAACAAGAACAUUGGACUUUGAGGAAUAACAGAGUUCAGAGAGCCCAGAAAUUGGUCACUAAUAAAGCCUCUUUGGCCAUACAGCUUGGAAAUGAAUACCAUUGAGACAGCAAAGCUUGAAGAGCACAUGGAGGGUCAGCCAAAUGAGACUUCUAAUGGCUACUCACGACCUACUCUCUCAGUCAGUGAAGAGAACAAAAAUGGCACUAGCAAACCAAAGGGCUUGUCUAAUGGCUUGCGAAAAACAGCAAAGAAGUAUCCUGAUUACAUCCAGAUUGCUAUGCCUGCUGAAUCUAGGAACAAAUUCCCUCUGGAAUGGUGGAAAACAGGCAUUGCCUUUGUCUAUGCUCUCUUCAACUUGAUUUUAACAACUGUCAUGAUCACUGUGGUCCAUGAGAGAGUACCUCCAAAGGAGCUAAGCCCUCCCUUGCCUGACAAAUUUUUUGAUUACAUUGAUCGUGUGAAAUGGGCUUUUUCUGUAUCAGAAAUAAAUGGAAUGAUACUACUUGGAUUAUGGAUAUUCCAGUGGUUGUUUCUUAGAUACAAAUCAAUAGUGGGACGCAGGUUCUUUUUUAUAAUAGGAACUUUGUAUCUGUACCGCUGUAUUACCAUGUACGUUACCACCUUACCUGUGCCUGGAAUGCAUUUUCAGUGUGCACCAAAGUUGAAUGGAGACUCUCAGGCAAAGGUUCAGAGAAUCCUGCGACUGAUUUCUGGUGGUGGUCUCUCCAUAACUGGAUCCCACAUCCUGUGUGGAGACUUCCUGUUUAGUGGACACACUGUAGUAUUAACGCUGGUCUAUCUGUUCAUCAAAGAGUAUUCACCACGUAAUUUCUGGUGGUAUCACUUGAUCUGCUGGCUGAUGAGUGCUGCUGGCAUCAUUUGUAUCCUGGUUGCUCAUGAGCACUAUACCGUAGAUGUCAUCAUUGCCUACUAUAUCACCACACGGCUCUUCUGGUGGUACCACUCCAUGGCUAAUGAAAAGACUUUAAAGGUGUCUUCGCAGACGAAUUUUCUCUCUCGAGCAUGGUGGUAUCCAAUAUUUUAUUUCUUUGAGAAGAAUGUGCAAGGUUCUGUUCCUUGCAGUUUUUCCUGGCCAAUAUCUUGGCCUCCCAGCUGCUUCAAAUCUUCAUGCAAAAAGUAUUCACGGGUUCAGAAGACAGGAGAGGACAAUGAAAAAUCUACCUGAAGAAAAGAAGGAAAGCAUCUGCUCUGUUUUUUUUCAUUUUAGAUUUUUUUUUACCAAAACAUUAAUGCUGUAACCAAAGUUCUUAAGAAGACUGUAACUGAAGAAGUGGACCAAGCUUCUGUGCAAUUGAUGAAAAGACAAUUGUAGACAUAUAUAUUGCAUUUCAGAUGUUUUCUUCUCAUCUGGCUGUACAGACCUAUUCUACUCUUCAGUGCUGAUGAAAAGCACCACUGAUGGGAUUUUUUUUUAAUUAAAGGAAAAAAUGGAGCAGGAUUGUGCUUUAUUAAUGAGAUAGAGGUGCCAAAGACCACAGUAACACUUCCAUUACUAUCACUCAUCUAUCACUCAUCCACAGAAGCACCCAGAAGUCUCCUCUUCAGAGCUCUGCAGUGCGUAAGGGCAAAAACAUGCUAACAUGUAAACGCACGAUAUUGGCAUACUGAGGUGUAUAAAAAAAUAACACAAUUGUGGGAAGUGGUUUGUUGCAUUAUUCUUGUAAUGAAGGUAAGGCCUUUGUGUGACUGGUACAGCUAGAAGCAAGUCUGGCUUUUUUACACACUGUGGGUAUGAAUAUCUUAGGACCCUAAAAUACUACUUACCACUGUUAACUCCCAUGUAUUCUACUAUAUACCAAUUUUUACAUUUUUAUUAGUAAUUUUAUAUUUAAAUAGUUGUUACCUGAUGAAUUUGCAAAUUAGAAACAGCUGCUAGCUCAAGGAGCCUAAAAUUUUAUUUUUAGUAAGAGACAGUUUCAACAUCUGAAUCUUGAAUUACAACUGGCCUUGUGUAUAUAGCUCUACAGUGCCUGUCAGUGUAUAUAGAUGCAGAUAUACACAAAAGCACAUACCUUAAACAAAAUUACUUACUGGGAAGAGUAAUCCUAGAGUUCUUGAUGCAGGCAGAAGUUGUACAGCUCUCACCUGCUUGAGGAAUGCAAGGCCAGGUCCAAAAUGGGGCUAUAUUUAAAAUAAACAUUUUAAUUUUAGUAGCAAUCUCUUGCUGAAGCUAUGUAGCAGGUUUGCUUGGGAGCCAUAGUUCUCCAGUGAAUUUCUGUCUUUUACCUCUUGACACAUGUUUCUGUGACUUACUUAAAAAAAACAACCAAACAAAAAAGUGCUAAGAUAAAAUAUCUACAACAGCAGCAUUUCUUCAAUUACAACAUAAAAUAAUUUCAUAUUAAAUGACACUGUGGUAGGCCUCAAAAAUAGAUUACCUUUUUUUCCCAGAGCUGCAGUCCAGCUAAAAUGGCUAUCUAAACAAGUUGGCUGAGAAUGGGGGAAACUACCAUGGGGUGAACAAGUAACAAAACCACAGAUUAACAGCUGCCGUUUCUUGUUGGUUUGUUGUUUUGUAUUGUUGUGAAAGCAGAGUAGAAAAUUAGCACACCAUGUUUAGCCAUUUAUAUUCUGUAUUAAUUUCUAUUAAGUUAACUCAAUAUUUUUUUCAGAUAUUCACUAAAACCUAAUGAAAAGAUAAAACUGCGUUGUGUUGAGGUGAUACUAAUAUAAAUGAAAUGCUGCAUAUUUUAAGAAUGUCUUGAACUGAGUGACAAGUGUGAACACAAUUUAAAUAAUGACAACUUUUUAAAAAGUCCAGAGUUAGUUAUAAAAUGAAAUACAGAGUAUUCAAAUAUAAAAUUUUUCAGUUAAGGGGAUCUUUUCUCUGAGUUGUACAUGAGAAUAUUUUUGUGCAUUUCAAAUAUUUUUGUGCAUUAUCAAAAUAAUACAAUAAAAAGUGUUCGUUUCAAUACAUUUUUUGGAAAAACUUAGUUAAGAAAGAAAUUCUGCUGUGGUUUGGUUGUGUUAUUUAAAAUGAGUUUAGCGGACUCUGAUAAUGUGCCCCUCAAGUUGUGUGUAUAUGGGCAUACCUGUGCUUUCAUUUGCUUGCUUCUAGCAGACCUUGAACAGCUACAAAGCCAGUAUCAAAAAACUUUUGGAAAUCCUUUUUCUCUGUGAUACAAAUGAAUCUGUUCAACACCAGUCAGUAUAUCUCCCGAGAUACUUGUUAUAGCAGUACUACUUCAUAGAUCAUCAUUUUUAAAGCUAAAAUCUAAGCUUUGUGAUACCUUAAAUAUGGUCAUGUUAAUCCACUUGUAGUAAUGCUAUCUUUUAGGAGUUAUGAAAGGAUUUCUUUGAUAGUCACUGUGCCUUGAAAAUAGCAUGAUGAAAAGCAUUACCUAAGGAGCUUAGAGUGGUUUUCAUCUGUUGGCUGAAAAAUAAAUACUUUGACAGUGGGUUUUCUGUAAUAGAUCUGCACAGUUUCAUGCAGGAUGAGGUGUUUGGGGUUUUCUACAUUUAUUCCUGUUUCAGAAGGAAAAAAAUGUGAAAGUGAUGAAAUAGAACUAAGUAAAGACUCUGCUUUUGUUGGGCUGCAUGAGCUUUUAUUCUACUGCUAAAUUUGAUAGAGACUUCUGUUUUAGUACAACAGGAAAGUUUAAGUAGCAGCUCUAGCUCAAAAUACUUGGUUCCUGUUCUGGCUUGGUCCUCCCUUAAGUACUUAAUAUUUAUCCAUUGUAUGAAAGCUCUCAAAGGGAUAUUUGUGUGUUUAAUCAGCAGAAAGCCCCAGUUUUCUAUCCUCUCAAUAGCUUUUAAGUGCUUUUACAAACUUGGAUGGUAUAGCUGUAUUUGAUGACUCUUUAGACCUAUAUGUAAGGUGAUAAAAUGGGGUAAGUAAUGAUAUAUUCUAGUUCUUACUGUUAUAGUAAUUUAUCCAAUAUAAACCACAACUGCUGUGUAAAAAAUUACUAAUUGUAACAUCUUGGUGAUCAUUAUAAACAAAUACCACAAAGCUUAAAGUAUAGUUUCAUCAUAAGAAGCAAGAGAUUGCAGUAGGUAAAAAGGAGAAACUUGGACUUCCCUUAGGAAGUAGGUAGGAUGGGACCUACCAUCAAGUGGUUGUUGUAUUAUUUGGUCUGUGUAUUAUGACAUACUUUGCAGUGUGUCACUAAUUAUUUUUUUUCUAGUUACAGUAAUAUUUCUCAGACGUCACAUGAGCUGCCCCUUUCCUGUGACUAUAACAUGCUCCUCUCGACUGAAGAGCAUUUACAUAUUGAACUUUACAGACACUUGGUAAAAAAACCCCACUACAUUUGUGCAUAUCAGUAUGAUUUAAAUGCCGAUGGGCUUUCUUAAAAUGCAUAACAUAAAUUUAAAUCUGGAUUUUAAAUGUUAACUUGAGCAUUUAAAGAAAUGUGCUGCUAAGUGGUCAUGCUACAGAUGCUUACUCCUAAUGCCAGAAAUUGUUAACAUCUACUUGAAAGCCCUGUAAAUGGACGCCUUUUUCGGUACGUGCUUAGCGCUCCCGUGUGGACACAAAUGGUACUGUUAGUUAUCCCUCACUGCUGUUUUCUUGGAAAGAUCGCCACAGGUGGCGUAGUAGCAAAAAUAGCUGUGCUAAACAUUGCUAUGAACCCUAGUACGGGAUUUGCUGCCCUCCUUAAAAAAAUCUGGUUGGGAGAAAGAAAGUUUAUGUUAAAAUACACUACCUUCGUGUGAUAGAGAAAUAAAGCUCAGCAACAGAGACAGAACUGGGAAGUCUUAAAAGAGAUGAGAGGCCAUUCUCUUAAUUGGAUUAUUGCAAAUCUGCUUACUAGGGUCUUAAAUCAGAAUCUCUGUUCAAUCUCUGGCUUUCUCUUAUCAGUAGUAUCUGGCUAGACAGUUUAUCCUAAGUUGUUUGGUACUAACCCAAAUUCUUUUUCUCAUUUCAUUAGAUGGAAUGUUCUAGAGACAGAUCCAUUAGCUUCAGUGCAAGAUGAAGUCUUUCCCAUUAACUUUAAAUGAACUUUCUCGUGCCUCUAUGUUACUGUUUAUGUUUGCUUGCAGGAUUUUUUUUCUUUGUUAGUGGGGUUUUGGUUUUUGUGGUUUUGGUUUUGUUGGUUUUUUUUUUUUUUUAUGCAUAAACCUUGAAUCUUAAAGAUUCAUGGGCUUGUUUUGAAGAUGGGUCCAAGCUGCCAUAUGAACUAGAACCAUUUUGCCUUACUGGCAGAUGUAAUAGUUGUAAAACUCCAUUGUCAUCUUGAUAUUUUUACAAUAUACAUGUUUUGGACUUACCUAGAACUCUUUACAUGGGCACACAAAAUUAGAGUGAUGCUAUGAGAUUGAUUUUACAGUGCCUGGAAUAGAACACUUCAAUACAGAACUGUUCAAUGUCUUAAAUUCAGUUACUGAGAAUAGGGAUCUUAAAAGUAAAUACUCCUAUUAGGCAUCAUUCAAGUGGGUACUGCUGCUUAAGUACUCAUUAAAAAAAUAUGCUAGCACGCCAUUCAAGUAACUAUGAUGCUUCUUAGAAUCCAGAGAAAAGUGCUGAGAAACAAAGGCAUUUUGCAUGAAAUUGAGCUUAAACUACACCUAACUUGUUAGAAGUGUAGGUUUAAAUUGUGUAACAGUUCUGAAAAAAAACCCUAUAAGGAAGUAGCAAUAUUAAGCACAUCAUUCUAUGGUACAGCUGUGUGUCUGUGCUGGCUCUCAUCUGUAACUUAAAACAUAAAAACAAAACCCAACCCAGUGAUAAAUGCUUGGAGAUUAAAGUACUUAAAUAUUAUUAGCAGUCUUUUAUAAGUUGUUCCUACAAGCUGUCACUAAUAGUUUCUAAAACAAGAACAAAGUGCUGCAAUGCUUAAAACAUACUGAAGCUUUUUUCUAGUUGGCUUCAGUUUCCAUGGAUUUAACCAUAAGAUUAAAUCUUAUUAACCUAUAAAGCAGCACAUGAGGAUGUCAGGCUGGAUACAGGUAGCUCAUGUAUUUCAAGGAAACUUUCCAGUUUUGAACUCAUCUUUCCUAACUAAACACUCAAUGCCUGAAUGAUUUUUAAAGAUGAAGUAACAAUACUGUGUAGUCUCUAAUGUGUGUAUGAAAUACUGGUGUUGAGGAUUCCUUCUUUCUACUGUAAGUCAGUGACUAAAAACCCACAAAUGUUUGAAUUGCUUUCAACGAAAAUCUUUUAAUUGCAAAGGACUUGGUGUUGAGCAAAUAGCUAGCUGCUUUUUUUCUGUGGCACUUGGCUGUGUAUUAACCUUUAAGAUGCAAACUAGAAAGGAGGAGAAGGCAGACCACUUCUUAUUGGGAGGAGCAGUGUAUUUGCUUUUUGAAUUAAAAUUAUAUUGGCUGCAUGUUACACGCAGUCUUAUCUGUACUACAGUUGAAAAAAGAUGCUGUAUUAUACUGUUAUAGUUAGUGUUUGCACUUUUUAAAACGAUUCUGUAGUGGUUGACCCAGUCCUUUUGCUGGCUGAGGAGUGAGUGUUUUUGUCUUUUACUUGCUGUCUGUAUGGUGAAAUGUAACUGGUUUUAGUUCUGGUAAAUGUUAAUGAAAAAAUUGCAAAUCUCUUGGAUACAGUGCCUAAGGUGUCUGUGCAUGGGUUUCUUCUAGGAGAAAUAUUCUUCUUUCAAGCUGUGCCUAAAAAAUAAUAAUGUUAGCUCUUGCCUUUUCUCUCAGCAAAAUAUGAUCUUUAAGAGGUUAGCAUUUGUGACACUGCAAAGAAUUACUACGGAAGACUCUUCUUUGUGCCAAAUGAGUUCAAUUUUUACAAAGUAUCUUUGAACUAUGUUUGAAGAUGACUUUUGGGGUUUUUUUGCGUUUUUGUUUUUUUUUUUUUUAUUUUUAAUUAAGAGAAAAAGUAGUCAGAAAUGAGUCUGAAAUAAAAGCAUCUCAAGCAGUUGGGGUCAGGCACCAUGCAGGCACAUGGGUGUGGAAGGGGUUUCUGUGGGAUAAGCAAUACUGGAUUCAGUACACAGCAGCUUCUCUAGGAAGGCAAACCAGGCUGUACUUGUAUAGUACAGAUGGCUGGGAGCAUCUCUGUCUUUUUGAGCUUCUUUUGGACUGACAGUGCAGUGCUAAAGGUGACAAUAGUUUAAAAAAGUGAAGGUCACUUACAAAUCAAAACUAUAAAUGGGGCUGAAAAGGCAGAUCUCUUUAAAACCACUUAUCAGAGAGCUGCAUUCCAAUUCAAUGGAGCAUACAAUUGGGUGUUACUUCAGGUGUGUGAGUUGCAUUUAAGAUGAGUGGGACUGUUUGCUUUCUACUUUUUUUUAAUUAAAGGUGGCAGGUGUGCUGAGAAUACCAAGAGGAAAUUUAUCUCCCUGCUUACUUUUACCUCUGCCAUUGAAGUGUCUGUGCGUGAACCUUAAAUAAUAUUACUGAACUCCAACCCCUCUUUACAUUUGGAGUAACUUAGUGCUUUGUUACUUCUGUAAAAACUGGGUUUGCAUUCCACUUGUUUCAGUUUGUUGCCAUUCAAAAUGCUGCUUAUGCUGAAGCCUCCUGUCUAACUACAUCUGCUUCUACUGAUUGUAUUUUCUAAAUGGCUCAAUACAGAAGAGUAGAAUUUACAUUUGAGAAGGCUUCAGAAUUAAUCCUAAAGCCACAGGCAUUCUUGUCAGACACAUCUUUGCGCAAUUUGUACUUGAUAAUAAUUUCAAGUUUUGAAACCUAACAUGCUAGGACAUAGUUCUUUUCCCUCAGGAAUCAAUUCUUGCUUCUUAAAUGUUUAGCACAUUUGUGUGUGUUUACUUUCAUGAUUCAGGAGAGCAUGUGUGUGAUGUGAAAAAGGUUCUGCUAGUUUUUGAGGUCAGGGUUGUACCAAGGAACCUGAAAGUAAAAGCAGGAAUAAUGGUUUGAUGCUUGUGGUUCUCAUGCUUUCUGUGUGACUUUGAAAACUCUCAAGACUUCCCUAAAAACAGCACAGGACCUCACUUUGGCUGCAACAUGGUUUCAUCCUUGUUAGCUGACAGCUUUUCUUGCAGGACUUCUCCUAGGCUGGAUCCUAGGUAUCCAUAGCUCUUUAUGUCAAUUGCAGCUGUGUAUCCAACCUUGGAAAAACUAGGCAAGAAAAGCCAUUGGCUGCUGAGGAGCCCUCCAAGGUAGUAUGAGAAUGCUGUCGUGUGUGCAUGAUAAGAAUCUGAUAAGGUGGCAUUGUUUUGUAGCUUCAGGGUCCAGUUCUGCAAACACCAUGCAGCAGACUACUGCAAUAACAAACUGAGAAACCUUUGGUGCUCUAGUUUCUACUGAUCUUUGCAAAUUGGCUGUCAUUUUCAUAGAAAUUCUUCACAAUUAGCAAGAGUUGGCUUUUAUGUUGUCAAACUUUCAGGAUGACACUUUAUAGCUGAUACUUUGUCAGGUAACUGAGUGUUAUGGUUUGCUGUAUAUGUGCAAGAGGUACUAGAGCUAGAGUUGUGGUUUGUGCUGCAAUCUGUUCACUGUGUUAAAACAACCCAAACCAAAACCAACUAUUGCACUAGCUGUACUUUAAAGAAAAGCAAUAAUGGGAGCAUCUUGUAGCUUUUCCCUCCAGAGGUGCUGUCUGUCAUGGUCACUUCACUGUCUGUCACUUUACCAACUGUGAAUUCGGUAAAAUAUGUUGAAGAAAUUGUCCUAUGUGUUUUACUUAUUUACUUGGCACGUACAAGUUGAAUUUUUUUAUUGUCAGCCUGUGUACUAAUUAAUACAGGUGGACUAUUUACAUAACCACCCACAUAUUUAAAAAUCUAAAACCUUAUAUCUAUUUAUGGUGCUAAUAAUCUCAAAUAUUAUAAAGAGCUGUUAUUCUCUUAUUAAACAUGAACACUAAGGAAAGCUGUUGUGACACUUUUCAAUAAAAUAAAAUUUCUCUACAUUUUAAGCCUGUUCCAAAUGCUUUUUAUAUACAUACAACACUUUUCUAUUUCUGUUUUAUAUAAAAAUGGCAAAAAUACUGUUUUAAUGCAGGAAAACAUUAGGCAUGUAUAUCGUUCUAAAUUACAUGUCAAAUUCUAAAUUUUCAUACAUUUAGGAUAGCUAAUCUUCUGAAACUGUCUAAAAUAUAAGAAUUUCACUAGGUAGGAUGAAGGGACAGGCUGGCAGUUUAAAUAAAAUAAUUCUCUGGCUUCAUCAUCACUGUUGAAGCCUUGGGGACAGAGGGGGAGAGGAUGUGAAGAGGACAAAGCUUUAUUAGGAGGUCACUGAUUAUAUAGUGUAGAUGUAUAUUUCACUAAAACUUUAAAAAAAACCCAAACAGCUUGUGAUGGAUAUGACCAUGUAGCUGUCUAAAGAGCAGAAGUGAAACAACAUAAUUGUCAAGGCAGGUCACAGUAGGACAUUUAUAAAAACGUGAAAGAACCUUAAACUAGAUUGUUUUUAGGUAGUGAAACAGCAAAGUAAUAUUCUAGCUUUGUUUGAAAGCUUCACAAGCAACUUUUUCUUAAUAUGAAAAACUAUCUUAUGCCUUCUGUUUGCAGAAGUUGUUGUUGCCUUCCUCCCUGCCUUUGGUUGUGAUUUUAUUGUAUAUAAUGGACAGCACACUUCCAGAUCUUUCCAAGAGGCAUUUUUAGGCAGCAGUACCUACACUUUCUAUCCACAGAGAAUACAGAGCCUUUAGUUCUUGUUAAAGGCCCUUACUUGUGAGCUUACAGUUGUGAAGUAUCUGCCUGUGACAGGUGUGGAAAUCCUGCUGGAGUCAGCUCUUAGAUGAGCAUGAUGCCCUUAAUACAUCUGGACAUGUGAACAUGCAGAGUGGGUGCCAUGCCCAGGUGGCACUGCAGCACACCCCUCUACUCUGAAAGGGUUGUACCCCACGCUGCUAUGCUUCAAAUACUAGAAUAAAUUCUCUUUUAUCACUUCAACCUAGUACUUCAAGAAGUAAAUGGGCUUCUCUGCGAUCUAUUUGAUGGAACUUCUUUAUCAGUGCAAAGAAUAUUCCAUGUUUAGAGUAACUUAAUUUAAAGCAGAAACAAGCCCACCAUCUAGGAUGAAACCAGGGCUGGGUGGGGUUUUUGUUGUGUGAAGGUGGGUAGUCUAGUAACAAUAGUCUGGAUUGUCUUCCUACUUCUGUCCAUGCCUGCUUUUAUAGUAGGACCCUUGGAAAAGCCAAAGAUUGAACAAAGUCAUCCAUAAUAGUCCUAAGCCACAUUGAAAUAUAACUUUCCUAUUGUAAUUACUAGAUGUUUCAGAGAAAAUUUACUGUAUUUUUUUAAUUUACAAAAAAAGUGCAAUACUUACAGAAUAUUAAGAGGCAAAUGGCUGCAUGUUUCAAUGCCCUGCAAAAACAAAACCUUUAUGAGCAUGUGACAUGCACUUCACCAAUGUGGGGUUUCUUUAGCUUUAGCUGCUGUGUUACACAAACAUUUUUCAGUGCAUUAGUGUAACUCAGAACUUUCAAAUACUUUCAAUGUGCUUUUGACAAGGAGAGUGUUUUUUAUGAAUAAAGUGCCUGUGGAAGUAAAAAUCCAAAAGUUGCGUGCAAGCUCAAAUAAAGCAUGUAAAACCACAGCCCAUACUUGAAGAGAAUGGGUGCUAAGUCAGCAGCUGCAGAGAACAGCUGGUCAACAGUCCUAAGCCGUGGUGGGACUCAAAGAUUAAGUUUGAGCAAAGAAUAUUAUGUUGCUUUUGAGAGUUUACUGUGCUAAUUAAACUUUCAAUGCUUCUGCUUGGGCCUUAACUCUGUAACUUGGUUAUCUUUAAGGAGAAAUUAGUUCCUUUGAACUAUUCUAUUUUUAAUGUUUUUUUCAUUAUAGUCUUUACUCUGCUGGGGAUGUUUUUUUGCUUGUUAUGUGGAGCUAUUUUUUGACCUGUUAGAAGUGGAGUCACCAAAGGCUUUGAUUACUCAGUUAGGGGUAAAAGAGUUUGAAGAAUGGUGUUUCCUUAAGUGCAGAAUUAAAGGGGGUGUAUUUUUUAUUACACUGAUGCUAGGACUGAACAGGAAGGACUUCCAUGGAAAGUACUAUAGUGCUAAAGCUUGUAUAUGUAGUUAUUGGAGUAUGCAGAAUAUUAGUAAAGUACUUGGAUAUGUUUUGCUAUUAAUUUCAUGCUUUUAAAAGAGGCUAUUUGGUUCUAAUUUAAAUUGGAGAAACUGAUUUUAAUGUUGCAACAGCUAUUAUUUUAACUUGAAAUAUCUACUGGUAUGUUAGAGGAAAAGUAAUAUUUUAUCACUUAGCAUUUGGAAAUUAAUCACAUUUUCUAUCAAAAUUAAUGUGCAAUUUAAUCUCUGGACAUCCUAGAAUUGGCUAUAUGCCACUGAAACCAAACUUUCAGCUGCAUACAUAGGGAAGGAAGGCAUUUUUUAAAUCUAGUUCAGCUUCUUGAUGAGACUGAGAAGGAAGUGGGGCUAGAUUACUCUUGUACAAAGAAAACAGACAAAAACAGUAAUGUGUUUCAGCUGUGCUGAAUACCUUAGCUUCUUAUUUUUACACUACAGAAUUUAAACUUUUCUGGAGACUCAGAUAUAAAAUAUCUUUAGUUCAGCUAAAUUUUCAUCUGUUUUUAUAUAUUUUUUCUAAUAGAAGCAUUUUAUUUGUAUACAUUGUAAUUAGCUGCUGAAUUUCUGCCAAAUAUGGAGAAAAUAAAAGCUGAAUUCUAUUCUGCCAGUCUAAAUCUGUUCUUAGUUUUUAUCUUUUGUUCAGUCCGUGGCUGGUAAAAUGUCCACUUGCUGUUUAGAUUAAAGAGACAGUUGCCUUAAUCGCUCAGAGGAAAACUGAACUUGACUAUUUAAAGCUUUAUGUAUUUCUGAAAUUGCUGUAACUUCUGUAUAAUUGCAAUAAAACCUUUUUAAUGCAGUUCAGCCACUA